AUGUUUCCAAACACAGAGGAAAAGCCCAGGCCGAAACUGACUGCUCCUAAAAUACCAGAGGGUGAGAAAGUAGACUUUGAUGACAUCCAAAAGAAGAGGCAGAACAAAGACCUGGUUGAACUGCAGGCCUUGAUUGACAAUCACUUCGAGGGCAGGAAGAAGGAAGAGGAGGAACUGCUUGCCCUGAAGGAAAGAAUUGAGAAACGCAGAGCCGAAAGGGCAGAACAACAAAGAAUCCGGGCUGAUAAUGAGAAAGAGCGUCAGGUCAGGCUUGCGGAGGAGAAGGUAAGAAGAGAGGAAGAAGAUGCAAAGAGAAGAGCUGAGGAUGACCUGAAGAAAAAGAAGGCUCUGACCUCCAUGGGUGCCACAUAUAGCAGCUAUUUGGCAAAGGCUGACCAGAAGAGAGGAAAGAAGCAGACUGCUAGGGAAAUGAAGAAGAAGAUCCUGGCAGAGAGGCGCAAAACACUAAACAUUGACCACCUGAAUGAAGACAAGCUGAGGGAUAAGGCCAAGGAACUGUGGGAUUGGUUAUACCAGCUGGAAACUGAGAAGUAUGAAUUUGCAGAGAAGAUGAAGAGUCAAAAAUAUGAGAUUACAUCACUACGUAGCAGGGUGCAGGCGCUAUCCAAGUUAUCACCACCCUCAGGAACCGGAUUGAUCAGGCCCAGAAGCACAGCAAGAAAGCAGGAGCCAAGGGCAAAGUUGGAGGGCGCUGGAAGUAAAGAAACAGAAGGUGACUGCAGGCAGGAUCAUCCCCGGUGGCGUGGCUAA